AUGCCUAUGGGCCAAGCCCAAUCCUCUGGACAAACUCAGCAACAAAAUGCAAUAAACAAUUCCGCCCAGCAAAAGCAGCAGCAGUAUCUGUUGCAGCAACGAGCACAACAGAUGCAGCAGCAACAACAGAUGCAGAUGCAAGCUCGCCAACAGCAGAUGAUGCAACAACAGCAAAUAAUGCGACAGCAAAUGCAGCAACAGAAAGGAUCGCAACAGCAAGCGCAAUUCUCUGAUCAGCAGGCGAAUCAGUUAAGGCAUCAGCAACAGCAAAAUAGUCAGAAUACUGUUAAACAGCUCGGCGGCCAACAGACGCAACAGCAAACGGGACAGCAGGGAUCCACUCGGCAACAGCAGUCAAAUUUCGCACAACAGAAGCUUGCGCAGUCUCAACAAGCCCAGCCGCAACAGAGUCAGAAUCAGAACCAGAGUUUGCAACCUCCAACGUCACGAGGAGAAAGCCCAUCGAUCGAUUCCGGACUCAGUUUGGGCUUAGAAGAUUCGCUUUAUGGCAGCAUGAGCAACGAUCUAUUGCAAAUGCCGACGCCUUCCGGAUCAUCCUCGGUUGGCCUCAUGGACUUUUCCAAUGCAUUGUCGCCCACAAGUUUUGGCAGUAUGGGCUUGCUUGACUGGGACGACUCGACUGGCCAGGGGAAUUCAGGUCAGGGUGGCAAUGGCACGUCUGGUGGCGACACAUCAGAUCUCAUGUCAUUUGUGGAAACUUUAGUGACAAGCCCACUGUCCACUGCACACUUGCACAAAAGUAAUGAUUAUUAUUACGAAGGCUCACCCUUAAAGAAUACAAAGGCCAGGGUUUGUUUGCCCAGCCCCCAGAUGGAGACAAGCUUUGUCUCUGUCGGCUUGAAGCCAAUGGAGCUUAGCACGGUCAAGCACAUAAUUAUCCGCGCUUUUGAUGCCAAAAAAUCGGCAAGGAAGAGCUUCAAGUAUAUGAUCAUUGAGCUAGUCUUUAAGAAAACCGUAGCCUUUUGGCUAAGGACUGAGCCGCGAAUACAAGUGGCAGUCAAAUCGUGGUAA